AUGACAGACUAUGAAAAUCAUCCUGCAGUGAACAAUCUCCGGAACUACAUAAGGAUACGCUCUGUCCAUCCUAACAUCAAUUAUGAUGAGUGCAUCAACUAUCUCAAAGCCCAAGCCAAAGAACUUGGUCUACCGUACCAGGUAUAUGAGCUGGUUCCCAAGAAUCCAAUCCUGGUAAUGACAUGGGAAGGUCUCGAGCCUUCAUUGCCCAGCAUUCUGCUCAAUUCACAUAUGGAUGUCGUACCUGUUUUUGAGAAAAGCUGGACCUACCCUCCAUUCGAAGCUCGUUUGGUGGACGGAGUCAUUUACGGGAGAGGUGUUCAGGACAUGAAAUCUGUUGCGAUACAAUACAUUGAGGCUAUUCGGAGACUUAAGAAUAAAGGAUUGAGGUUCAAAAGAACUAUCCAUUUGAGUUUUGUCCCCGACGAGGAGAAAGGUGGCAAAAACGGAAUGAAGAAUUUUGUGAAAUCUGAUUAUUUCAAGAAUUUGAACGUAGGUUUCGCGUUAGACGAAGGCCUAGCAAGCCCUGAUGACUCAUACAUAGUAUAUAACGGGGAGAGGAGUAUUUGGCAUAUCAACGUAAUAUGCCCGGGCAAGUCUGGCCACGGGUCACUUCUGCUUCCGGACAACUGCGGGGAAAAGAUAAGGUACAUAAUCGACAAAUUCAUGGAUCUACGUCAAGAAUCUAAGAAUAAACUUGAAACUGACACGAACUUGACCAUUGGAGAUGUGACAUCUAUAAACCUCACCAAACUCCACGGUGGUAUUCAAAACAAUGUGAUUCCAGAGAAGUUUACCGCCAGUUUCGACCUUCGUUUAGCUCUGUCAGUUGAUUUGGAGCAAUUCGAAAAUAUGAUAAAACAAUGGUGUAAGGAAGCGGGUGAAGGAGUUACUUAUGAGUUCGAACAAAAGGAUGACUACGUGGCGCCCACUAGCUUUGGUGACGAUAAUCAAUUCUGGACAGCUUUCAAAUCGGCUUUCGAUAAACUUAACAUCCCACUAAAAAGCCGUACAUUCCCCGGCGGCACGGACUCGCGGUUCAUACGACAACAGAACAUUGGCGCUCUCGGCAUGUCGCCCAUGCGCCGCACCCGCCCUGGGCUUCACGAGCACGAUGAAAGCUUACAUGCUUCUGUGUUCUUAGAGGGAAUAACUGUUUAUGAAGAAGUUAUACCGGCAAUGGCUAAUGUG